AUGGCAACAAAGAUAUUAGUAAACUUUUCAUUUCUUGCAUCACUUAUCAUCCUGUUUCUUCUAACAGUAACAAGCCAUGGAUUCUCAAUAAAAGAAGCAAGCGUAGAUGAUAUUCAACUUGCUUUUAAGCAAAACCAACUCACUUCAACGCAACUAGUUGAGUUCUAUAUUGAAGAAAUCCGUCAACUCAAUUCUGUCCUAAACGGAGUAAUAGAAAUAAAUCCUGAUGCGCUCUAUCAAGCUAAUAAGGCUGAUUAUGAGCGAAAAGCAAAGGCACCUGGUUCGCUGAUUGGCUUGCAUGGUAUUCCUAUCCUUUUGAAGGAUAAUAUUGGAACCAAGGAUAAGCUAAACACAACGGCUGGUUCAUUCCCGCUGUUUGGAUCAGUAGUGCCUCGCGAUGCAGGUGUGGUUUGGAAGUUAAGGAACGCAGGAGCUAUCAUUUUGGGAAAAGCUAGCAUGACUGAAUGGGCUGCUUUUAGGUCUCUCACGUUACCUAAUGGGUUUAGUGCUAGAGGUGGCCAAGGAAAGAAUCCUUAUGUUUUGUCUGCGGAUCCAUGUGGGUCAAGUAGCGGGCCUGCAAUAUCAGUAGCAGCAAAUUUGGUAGCAGUGUCGUUAGGGACUGAGACAGAUGGAUCCAUUUUAUGUCCUUCAAAUGCUAAUUCUGUUGUGGGUAUAAAGCCAACAGUUGGUCUCACUAGCAGAGCUGGGGUUGUUCCUAUUUCUUUCAGACAGGACACCAUUGGGCCAAUCUGCAGGACAGUAAGGGAUGCUGUCUAUGUUCUUGAUGCCAUUGUAGGAGUUGAUUAUAAUGAUGGUGCUAUUAACAAUUCCCUUUCAAGUAUUGGUUCCUCCUCCUCAAAUAUCGGCAUUAGUGAGAGUCAAUGGAGAGAUAAGGGUGACUGUAAUUCUUGGAGAGAAAAGGGUGGAGACUCUCAACAAAAAAUCUCAGUCAAAGGACAAAUAUUGUGUGAUAACAUAGUUCUACCGGUAACCAGUUCAAGUUCAAAAUGUGUUCCGCAAGAUCCUCUAAAAACUCAACCACUGCAAGAUUUUUCUGAAAAAUCAAACUUUUCUCUGUUUUUCUGUAUAAAUAGUCUAGAUACUAAGCUCUGUAUAAAUAGUCUAGAUACUAAGCUUAAGAAAGAUAUCAAGGUUUUGUUUUUUGUUUUUGUAUCCACGUUCAUUCUUCACACCAUGACUACUUCUACCCUAUCUCUCAAUGUUGGCAACUUUAUCACCCUUCGACUCACCUCAAACAAUUACCCUUUGUGGCGUGAACAAGCACUGGCUCUUGCUGAGAGUCAAGACAUAGUAGGACACCUCACAAAUGAAGAUCUUGCUCCAAAUAGAUAUACAAAUACAACUACAGAAAAUUCAACACUUCAACUAACAGAUGAAUUUGUACAAUGGCGAAAGACAGAUCGGCUUCUUCGAGGGUGGCUUAUUGGCACACUUUCGGAAGAGGCCCUUGCACUUGUUGUUGGACUCGACACAGCCCAUGCUCCAUUGGAAAGCCAGUUUCUGACAAAGAAAAGGUGUUCUGUCUUCUCACAAGUCUUGGUCCUCAAUAUGAUUUCUGACAAAGAAAAGGUGUUCUGUCUUCUCACAAGUCUUGGUCCUCAAUAUGAAAUAUUCACAACAACCAUGUUGAAGCCUCCUCUACCAUCAUAUGCCGAGUUAGUCUCUCAGUUACAGAAUCAUGAUCAAAGGCGCAACUUAUUCUCUAAUCACACAGACAUGUCAGCUUCAUCUCUUACUCAUCAUAUGGCUUUUUUCGGGCAACAGCAGCAACGCCCACAACUUAAUCAUUCAGGCUAUCGUGGAUCAUCCCAAAAAUUCACUUCCAACGGCCGUGGGUUCCAAGCCCAACAGCGAAGAGACUUAUCGGCAGCAAAUUCACAACGUCGACCUCCACCCCCUGGUGAACGUCGUAUGACAUCUGCAGAGAGGGAACAAUAUCGUGACCAACAAUGUCAGUACUGUGGGGUAAUGGGUCAUGUUGCUAAGAUAUGUUGGUGGGUGCCAAAGAAAUCCACUCAACAAAAUGAAAUUCCACAAGCCCUUGCAGCACUCACUUUGGAUACCUCUGUUACUGACACUGAAUGGACAACUGAUACAGCAGCUUCCAAUCAUAUGACAGGCCAUAAUGAAAAACAUAAGGCAUAUAAAUGCUAUCAUCCUUCGAGCAAAAAGACAUUUAUCUCUCGACAUGUGGUCUUUGAUGAGUCAGUGUUUCCAUAUAAAAGUAAUAACAAGUCUGUGAUAAAUCAGUUGCAGGUGAAUACCAUUUUUGAUACUUGGUUAUCACAUACUAGCAAAUCUUCUUUUACAGAGUCAAUUCCAGACCCUUCCAUACCUCCAUGUCAAAGUCCAAUAUUGCCAGUUGAUACCAGUACUCCACAAAAUGACACACGGGGCAGUGAAGAAAUGAGUAUGGCCGACACUGAGUCACAUAGUCCUAGUCUGUUGAGCACACCUGAAACAAAUCCUUUACCAGAACCUCAAGAAUCUCAUGGGUUUGUUCUAGCAAUAGAUCCCCAAGUUGUGAGUGAGUCACCACAAUCUUCCUAUCAUAGCCUUUCCCCAGCAAGGUCGUUCGUCCAUCCCAUGGUCACUCGGUCUAAAUUAGGUGUAGUCAAACCAAAUCCCAAACAAGAAGGUGCAAUUCUUGCAGACCAUCUGGAAAUAGCCAACAUUACUACUAUCUUAAAUCCUAAUGCAAGUGGUGAAGCAAUAGCAUUGAUAGCUGAGUUUAAAAUAUCUUUGAACGCUUACUUGCAAUCGCUUGUUGCUUCUCCUGUUCGAAGCUUGGCUGAUGUUAUAGCAUUCAACCAGAAAUUUGCAGAUGCGGAAAAACUGGAGGAAUUUGGGCAAGACAUAUUUCUUGCGGCUGAGGCAACAAAUGGGAUUGGGAAAAAAGAAAGGGCAGCAUUGUUAAAUUUAGAGAAACUGACAAGAGAAGGAUUUGAAAAGCUGAUGUGGGAGAAGAAGCUAGAUGCAUUGGUGACUCCAGGCUCAGGAGUUGCUAGUGUUCUUGCAAUUGGAGGAUUUCCAGGAAUCAAUGUCCCUGCAGGAUAUGAUUAUGAGGGUGUGCCUUUUGGUAUUAAUUUUGGAGGAUUGAAGGGUACUGAACCAAAACUAAUUCAAAUUGCUUAUGGCUUUGAGCAAGCCACUAAUAUUAGAGAGCCUCCAACAUUCAAGCCUUGAAGCUACACUUGUAAUGUUUUUUUUUUUUUUUAAAAAAAAAAGAAGAAAUCUAACUAACUAACAUAAUGGUCAUGUUGUUGUCUUAGAAAUUUUAGUUCCAUGUGCUUAAGGAAAAAUAGCAACAACUUAGU